UUCCAUGAUGCACCAUUUACCACAAAACCAAACAAAUUCCAAUAUUAUUCCAACUUUCAUGGCACCCAAACUCCUUUGCUACUUGCUCUUCAUGCUCUUGGGAGCUUGGAGCUCUCGGCCGGCGGCUUCCUCCCGUGUAAUUGCCGACGAGGAGCAGUCGAUGAGGGCUCGGCAUGAGCUCUGGAUGGCUCGCCAUGGAAAAAUUUACACCGAUGCUGGUGAAAAAGACGAGCGGUUCAAGAUAUUCAAUGAGAACGUGAAACGCAUCGAGGCGUUUAAUGCCCGGGGCGACAAGGGGUACAGACUUGGAGUUAAUAAGUUUGCAGAUUUAACUAAUGACGAGUUUCGUAUGCUACGUACAGGUGGUUAUAAGAGGGUGCAAACCAAAGUCACGUCGACCUCUUCAAAGGGAAAACAUUAUUUUAGGUACGAGAAUGUGACGGCGGCGGGCAGUGUGUUGGACUGGAGGAAGAAAGGUGCCGUGACGCCUGUCAAGGAUCAACGCGACUGUGGUUGUUGCUGGGCAUUUUCGGCGGUGGCAGCGGUGGAGGGCCUGACCCAGAUAAAAACCGGCAAGCUGGUGUCUCUAUCGGAGCAAGAGCUCGUCGACUGCGACGUCUCCGGCGAAGACAUGGGCUGCGAAGGAGGCCUGAUGGAGAACGCCUUCAGUUUCAUCAUCCACAACAAAGGCCUCACCACCGAGACCAACUACCCCUACAGCGCCCAGGACGGCGUCUGCAACGCCAAGAAAGCCGCCGUCGCCGCCGCCAAGAUCUCCGGCUACGAGAAAGUCCCGGCCGACGACGAGAAGGCGCUCCUGCAGGCCGUCGCGAGUCAGCCAGUGUCCGUGGCCAUCAACGGCGCCGCAUUCGACUUCCAGUUCUACCAGGAAGGCGUCUUCGACGGGGACUGCGAACCCUACCUGAACCACGCCGUGACGGCGAUCGGGUACGGGACGGCCGGCGAUGGCUCGAAGUAUUGGUUGAUAAAGAACUCGUGGGGAAAUAGUUGGGGCGAAAGUGGAUAUAUGAGGAUUACAAGGGACUAUGCUAAAAAAGAAGGGCUUUGUGGACUUGCUAGGGAUGCUACUUAUCCCGUUCUUUAAAAUAUCCAAAACGGAAUUACUCAGUACACACUAUUCAUAGUCGGUAAUAGAAGAAAAAGAAGUAUGACAAAUUAAGUCGACACUGAUACGUAAUAACACCGAAGAUAAUGUAUAUAUAUGGGGGGUGAAAUAUAUAGUUUGAAGUGUGUAUAUAGUUUUCUUAAGAUUAAGCAAGAUACUUUAGUUUUAGGAUGAGCCAAAGUUUAUAGAUAUGCAUAAGGGCUAGCUAGCUAGUUAAUAGGAAAUUUGCUUGAUUGUUUGGACUUUGGAGGAUUAUAUUAUAUUGUCUCCAAUCUGUAUGCCUUUAUGCAUGUAGUGUCCUCCAUAAGAAUGUGAAAAAGGGUAUAUAAAUAUACAGGAGGAAAAGUAAAAUGAAUUGUAAAAUCCUUGUGGUUUUAUUUUGUGAAUAUAUAAAAAUAAAUGUGAAUA